AGCACCGCGUCCUUGCGUUUCUGCGCCUGUGACUGGAACUUGCCAGGAGAAGGAGAAGCACAAUGUGUUGUUGGGCUGAACGUGGGAACUGCGAGGCGUGAUGUCAUUUUUGGACCUUCCGAGGAGGGGCGUUCCGAGCCGAGUCAGAGUGCCGUUUCGGGCCGUCUUCGUGUGACCACAGCUUCUGCGUGUGACGCCUCGCGGUCUCCGGUCACGCUGUUUGAUGUCGAGGCCCGGCGCGUUUUCUGGGCUCCGCUGGUCCCGCUUUGGGCGCCUCGUCUCCGGCCUGUGAGGCGGCUCCGUGCUCCUCUGCCCAUGGACACCCACGGGACGGCCCCGUGUCUGUUUCACUAGAAGCGUCCGUCCCGGAGACGAGCCGAUCGCUGUGAUGAAGGAUCGACUCGCGGAGCUCUCUGCUGCUAGUGGGACGCGAGCAGAGGAGGAGGUUGCAGUCGUAGUGGACACAGAUGGGUUCAUGGAGGCCUUUUUCAGAAGGGUGGAAGAGGUCCGAGGACUCAUUGAUAAACUCUCCUCCCAAGUGGAGGAGGUGAAGAAGAUGCACAGCAUGAUCCUGGCUGCACCCAACACAGAUGACAGAACAAAGGAUCAGCUGGAGGCCCUGAACAGUGAUAUUAGGGGAAACGCCAACGUGGUGCGAACAAAGCUGAAAUCCAUGGAGCAAAGCAUGCCCAAAGACGACGCAGCCAACAGGUCCUCCGUCGACCUCAGGGUGCAAAAGUCACAGCACGCGGUUCUGUCCAGGAAGUUUGUGGAGGCCAUGACCCAGUACAACGAGACCCAAGUGUCCUUUCGGGAAAGAAGCAAGGGACGGAUCCGGAGACAGCUGGAGAUAACUGGAAGAGUGACCACCAACGAGGAGCUAGAGGAGAUGCUGGAAAGCGGAAAUCUCCACAUCUUCACGUCUGAUAUCAUUUCAGAUUCCCAGAUCACGCGUCAGGCCGUGAAUGAGAUCGAGUCACGUCACCAGGACAUCAUGCGUCUGGAGUCGAGCAUCAGGGAGCUUCAUGCCCUGUUCAUGGACAUGGCCAUGCUUGUGGAAAGCCAGGGUGAAAUGGUGAACAACAUUGAGAAGAACGUCUCCAAUGCAGCUGAAUAUGUUUGUCGUGCGAAGGAGGAGACCAAAAAAGCCGUGAGAUACCAGAAGAAGUCCCGGAGGAAAUACAUCAUCUUUGCCUUUGCCCUGUUGAUCCUGCUUGCUGUCAUUGCUCUAAUCGCUGGCCUUUCUGUUGGACUAACCAAACCCCCUGUCUGAGGUCUCCGAUGUCUGUGUGAGGUAACACCCUUCAAGCAAUCAUGCACCCAUCCGUUCAUGCACUCAUCUGCAUGUCGGCGUAUCGACCCCGUUCGCUUCGUGUGGUUAUUAGUGAGGUCUCGUCUUCUUUUGCACAGAAGCUUCUCUGCCUGGCCGUUUGCGGGGCUGCAGGUUUCCUCCUUCUGCUCGUAAUAAUAGUGGGAGUGUUUGGGUGAGGCGCGUCCUGCUGGCGGUCGCCCGCCCGCUCACGCAGUGAAGCCGAGAGCAGCCUUGGGACAAGUCACCCGCCGUCCGUCAGCAUGACACACAGGAGCUCUGGACCAUGUGGACAAUCUUUGUGAACCUCAUGAUACUUAGAAGUAGUGGUAUAUUGCUGCGUUAAAGCUUCUCGUUGCAUGUCUAUUAGGAGUUAUACGGUAAUACACACUGAGUUAGACACUGUUGCUGCCAUUAUUUCACGUUGAGGACAUUUCGCUGACGCUGCCGGGGAAGCAGCAGAGCGGCCGGAGUCCCCUGCACCUUUUUGUUUUGAUAAUAUGAUUGUAAUUCUUGCUUGCUGUAAAUACCGUAUUUGCCAUAAGCACUUUUUUCAUUCUAUAAGAUGUAACUGAAUUCAUCAGUUUAGCUCAUUCUACUCUACUAAAAUACACUCCUUAUACUGAAUAUGAAUGUUAUGAUGUUUUACUGUUCACAUCUUAGACUACAUUAUUCCAUUGGCACAUCAUUUCAUUUUGAUAACUUUUUAUGGUCAUAUUUUAAAGUACAAUUAUUAAAAAUAUGGAGUAAAAAGUGCAGAAUC